GUUAAAUGGUGGUUAAGUGGGAUUUCUGAGCUUUGGUACUUGUACAUAUUAUGCUACUUUAGUAAAAUAUGCCUAAAACCGCCAAGAACAAGGCCGCUAAAGCCGGCUCCAUUUACAGAAUAGCUUUACAAAACUUCGUGACGUAUAAAGAAGUCGAAUUGUUCCCGGGCCCGUCUCUAAAUUUGAUAAUUGGUCCAAAUGGAACUGGAAAAUCGACGUUUGUUUGUGCCAUUAUUCUGGGACUUUGCGGGAAAACCAGCGUCAUUGGAAGGGCAAAGAAGAUAUCAGAAUAUGUCCGCAGUGGAUGCCAGGAGGCCACCAUAGAGAUAGAGCUGCACCGUGAGGCCAAUGAACCGAAUGUCAUAAUCACUCGCAUCCUCAACCUCCAAGAUGCAAGCAUAUGGAAGAUCAACAACAAGUCUGUUAGGGAGAAGCAGGUUCAAGAGCUCAUCUCUACUAUGAAUAUUCAGGUGGACAACCUCUGCCAACUGCUCCCACAAGACCGGGUGCAAGACUUCUCUAAGAUGAAUGCCCAAGAGCUACUGCGGAGUACACUAGCGGCGGUGGGCGGGCACACGAGCGUUGAACAGCUGGACGCACUGAUCAAGACCAGAGCUGAGCAGCGGGGGUUGUCAACUAGACUGCUGAAUAACGCGCAGCUGCUGGAGGAAAAAAUACGACAGAACGAGAGAUUGAAAAUAAUAAUCGAAGCCAUGCAACAACGUAAAGAGAUAGAGCUGGAAAUAUUGAUGUGCGAGCGGAAAAAGUACUGGAUAGAGUACCAGGAAUUGCGUGAGAAGGUGAAUGAGUACAAAGGCGACAAAGAAAAGGCCCUCAAGCUGGUGGAAAUCCAUUCAAAGAAGUUGGAACCAUUGCAGAAGGCUUUCAAUAAAGUUAAAAGUGGAAUUGGCAAACUCGAAGAACAGAAGUUGAAUGCAGCUCGAGAAGUCCGUGUUCUAAAAGACAAGUUGAAAGAAACAAUAGAGUCAGUGAAAAAGCUAGAGUUCACUUUGAGAGAUAAACACUCUACUCUGAUGGAGAAAGUUGAACGUCAUAAGAAUAAAGAGAGAGAGCUGGGCGAGGCCAGAGCUUUAUUGGAUAAGUUGAUUACGGAUAAGAGGAAGUUUGACGAGGAAGUUAACGAGGAUGCCGUCAAAAUGGAGUUGGCGCAACUGCACAAGAAGAUUGCGAAGGAGAACGCGAGCAUAGAUGGGAUCAAGAAACAGAAUAUGGAAAUACAGUUCCAGCUCGAAAGUAACGUCACGCCCGUGAUACGACAGCAUCAGAACAAAAUCCGCAGCCUAGAGAACGUGGAUGAAAAACGCCUCGAAGUGCUGAAACAAGCCAGCGAGCACACAUACAAAGCGGUGCAGUGGCUGCGCGAAAACCGGGCCAUGUUCAAGAAGAAGGUUUAUGAACCUAUGAUACUUGAGAUAAACUUCACGGACCCGAGAUUCGCUCGGUACCUCGAGGCCAAGGUGGCAUCCCGGGACCUGUUCGCGUUCACGUUCGAAUGCAGCCAGGACAUGAACCAAUUCACGAACAUCGUGAGGAUGGAGCAUGGCCUGCGGACCGUGAACGCCGUCAGCAGCGAGGGGUACCCUGCCCUCUCACACUAUAGGGCGCAGCAGAAGGACAUAGGACAGCUGAGCUAUCUCGGUUUCCACACGUACCUUUUGGAUACGAUAACGGCGCCCGAUCCCAUCUUGCGGUACCUGUGUGGCAAUUACAAUAUACAAAGCAUACCCAUAGGAAACGACCACACCUUCAAUAAUUGCUCCAAAGUGCCUUCUAGCAUUAAAUCUUUCUUUACUGAAAAUCAUCGCAUCAACAUCAGCGUGUCGCGCUACAGCGGCGCGAAGUCGAGUUCGACGGUGGAGAUAGGGCCCGCGAGACUUCUAGCCAACACUGUCGAUAAGGACGAGCUUGACAACCACAAAACUCAGCUUUCAGAACUUGAGAAUAAGGCUAAAAACAUGAAAGCGAAAAUGCAAGAUCUCCAAAACAAAGUAGCAAAUUUAGAAGUCAAGCUGAACAACCUGAACAUGCAGAGAAAAAAGAUCACCGAAAACACUGAGAAGCUUAGAGCGCUCGGGAUACAGAUACGUCUUCAAGAGAAAAAGGUCCAAGAUAUUGAACACGAACCAACUUUCAAUUUGCAGGAAGAAAAAGAGAAAUGUAGACGGGAACAGAGGAACGUCGUGAAGAAGCAGUGCAAGUUGCACCAGGAACUAGUAGGCAUUAUGAAAAAGCUGCAGGAUAAAUUGCUUAAUGGAGAAAUGUGGAAGGUAAAAUUAGACAUCAGUCGAAAGGCGACAGAAAGACAGGAAUCACAAUUAAGGGAACUUGAAAUAGCAUUGCGAGAGGCAAAGCAUACAUUAGAAGACAUGGAAGCACGCUACAAGAAUACGAAUACGAAAGCUCACGCUAAACUGAAAGAGGCAAAGAAAGCGUGCGGGAGCGAGCUCUUGCCGCAGCAUCCAAACUUCCCCUUCAAGGACCAGUUCAGUGAGUUACCGGCCGAGCUGGAUAGACUUCAGGAGCACUGCUACGAGCUACAAACUAGGAUGGAUUGUAUGGACAAGGGAGAUGAACAGGUGAUCAAAGAAUAUGAGAUAAGAGAAAAAGAAAUAGCGAAAUUAAAGACCGACGUCAGCAGCAACAGUGACGUUCACAAGGAGCUUGAAAGCAAAAUGAAUGCUAUCAGAGCGAAAUGGCUGCCGCCAUUGGAAAACUUACUGCGGGAUAUAGACAAAAGCUUCGGAGAAAUGUUCGCCAAGCUGGGUUGCGCCGGGGAAAUCAAACUCGACAAAGCUGGAAGUGAUGAGGACUACGACAAGUACGGCAUUUCUAUCCUGGUCCGUUUCCGGACGUCGGAACAACUGCAGCAGUUAACAAGGCACGCGCAGUCGGGCGGCGAGCGCGCGCUGUCCACCGCCAUGUACCUCAUGUCGCUGCAGCGGCUCACCACCGUGCCGUUCCGAUGCGUGGAUGAAAUAAACCAGGGAAUGGACCCGAUAAACGAGCGCAAGAUGUUCCACCUGCUCGUCAAAGUAACAACCGAGUGUGACAACGCCCAGUAUUUCCUGUUGACGCCUAAACUUCUGACUAAUUUGGAAUACAAUCCAAAGAUAAUGGUCCACACCAUAAUGAAUGGCAAGCAAAUUAUGAACUACAAGCAGUGGAAUUACCAGGAGUUCUUAAAUAACGCCACAUCCUACAGACCGAAGAAUAGCUAGUUACGAAUAGUUAACACUUAAAUGUAGUUUUAAACGGAUAUUAUAAAAGCCUUGUGUACCGAAUUCAAUUUGAGUACAACCAGUCUGACCUCAUUUGAUAUUGUCAUUUAAUGCCAAUAUCAAAAAUUUAACAUAAGAGAGCGAAUAGCUAUAUGUUUUCUUUUAACUUUGUAAAAGCUAUGUCUAUGUUUUGACUUUUGCUCACAAAAUUCGGCCGUAAAAAAUUGUGAAUUUCUUGAGUGAGCUACUUGUAUUGUCUGUCUGUCUGUUGUUGUUGUUGUCUGUAUGUAGUACGUUAUAUUCCGAUGAUUGUUGUAUUUAAAGCGCACAAUUUAGAUAAAUUAUAAUUCUUUUAAAGGCAAUGUUUAACUACAAGCAAAGACUCAAUGAUGGUUUAAGAUGUGUAAAGCUUAAAAAAAAUGAUGCCCUAUAAUAUAUGACAGCUGAAAAUGGUGACGCAUAUGUUUAAUUGUCACUUGAUUGUGAAACGUCAACUUUUGACAAUGACAACCAGUUAUUGUAAUUGUAUAAUGGGAACCGUGCAGCGCCAUCUGUUAAAUUCAAAGCACGAAUUUGUCUUAGUCUUUACACAUCUUGCACAAUCAGUACCUACAAUCACUUCAUCUUUUCUACAGGUGAUGGGAUAAUAGAGUGUAAACACUCUGUGUAACAAAAACAAUUGAACAGCGUACUAAACAGUCCAAACAUCUACUAAGUUCAGACAAAUAAUGGUGGGGUCCUAUUAAAACAUUGUCUUUAACAUUUUCAUGUUAAUUUACCUUUACUGCGUGUACAAUUUUGUAAGCUUUAAAUGUAGUCUUAUUUUGCUAUGAACGGUGUAAUUUUAGUCGUGGUGGUGGUUUAUACAUCAGAUUUCCUAUUUUAUUUUCGUACCAUUGCUACACAGUAGCUUGGAAUUCUUGCACAUGUACCUACGAGGAAAGUCUGUAUGUUCAUUUCACUAUUUGUCUGUCUUAACUAAGUAGGUGUUAUAUUAUAUUAUAUUACGUGUAGUUAAGGUGCAGUGAAUACAGCCAGCAGUUUUUGAUAAAAAAAUGUCGUAUGAUAAACAAUCUUGAGCCCUUUCUCUAGUAACUUUGUCGAUUCGAAACCAGAUUAAACAACUUUAGCUCGACAGAACAUAGGUCUAACUAAAUAAACGAUUUAUUAGAAAACAUGACAAUUGCUCAUAGAAACUCAAAAUAACAAUUCAUAACGAUAUCCACGACGCACAGCCGGCUCGCUCACGCUCAGAGAGAAGAACCUGAACUCACGGCGCCUUAAGCAAAUAUAUGGAGUUACUAGCUGAGAGGCUUAACUAUCCCCUCUUUCUUACGAUAGCAGUAUCGUUUUCAACAGGGAUGAGUACCUUUUCAGCUGCUGGCACGAAGGGCCACAUUAUCCUGUAUCCGCCCAGACAUCAAAACUUGCCAAGACAAAUGCAAUUUUCAUUUGUCAAAUUAAGAUUCAAAUUAGAAUGCAACAGUAGACUAAAAAUAUAGGCUUGGCGGCUAGAGGAUAUAUCUUGCACCUAUGUAUAUCAAAAUUGGUUUCAACGGAUUAUUCACGUAAUUUUAGUUGAACAUUUUCUCGACAAGGAGCACCGUUCAUAUCGUGCGCUCGUCUUGUGAUUUUUUUUGUCUGUAUCACACAAAAAAAAACUUUCAACUAAAAUUAUGUAACCCCUUUAAAAUAAAUUUAAUAUGUUAGAGUCUCUCGGGAGUUUUAUAGUUCUUGUAUCUUGUAAGUAUUUUUGUAUCGUUGUUAAAUGUCAAAUACAUUUUAAGUGUAGUGUAAGUUUUGGAAAAUUACAAAUUUAUUCAUUGUUUUUAACUUGUUGAUAGCACUGAACAGAAUAAGUUCUUAUUUCGGUCUUUAGUGGUUUAUGUUUGGUUCUCAUAUCGUUUCGAACGUUGCGACUAAUUAUUUGACUACUGACUGACUUGCACCAUCGCACUGACCCGGGGUUAAGCGGUUAAACCGUUAACCCAGUGUCAAAUUGUAGUGGUAACCAUGGUAACUCCAGGUUUAACCGCUGAACCCCGGGUUAGUGAAUGGUGCAAGUGGAGCUUAAGGAAGUAUGGGAAUGAGACCUUACACGAACACGUUGUUUUAAUUUUUAUGAGAGCUCUCAUAAGCUGUCUCAUAAAAAUAAUAUCGUCAUCGAAUUGGUAGCGGUACAAAGCUCAUUAUGACAUUUUCGAAUUGGCACAGCUUUUUUAUUGAAUAUCAAAUUGAUAUUAGUGGUAUUUGAUACUAAUUUGUUUUAGUUACAAAGCGUUUUUGUUAAUUUGUGUAAUAAGUAAUAGUUAUUUAUCAUUUGCUUACUAUCAAGAGUUAGAUGUUGCGAGCAUCGACGUAAGACCCGUUUUUUCUAACUGUAUUAUUUAAUAAUAUAUUAGAAGGGGACGGGUAGUCUAUCAUGCGCGCGAUAUCUCGCGGCGCUCUCGUGCUAAGCCUACUGAGUCACUAAAAUAAAAAGACACGCUUUCGAAACUAGAAUGUCUUGUCUAUAGUGCCUUGGGAUAGAAAGAUUCAUUGAUUGUAUAACAUGUGUAAAGUCUAAGAUAGUGUGCCCUUUGUUUGACUUUACUAGUCUUAGACCUUGCGCAUCUAAUACAAUAAAUGAAUCCGUUUUAAUAUAUUUAACCCGGAUAUUAUUACUCGAUGCUCGCUACCGCUGCGCUGCUUCGACUGCACGCAGGGUUUUAGCAGAACUCUUACAUGCUUUUUAUCUUCAUGGAAGCGGAUUAGAAUUGUUUGAUAGACCGGUCAGAUUAUUAACACACAUACUAUGUCCAGUAAUCGCUCAUAACCAUUUUUCUUUGCAAUUUAUUGAACUAGGUUUCCGUACUUUAAUUAUAAAAUGGCUGUGUUAUACGGAAAUCUAGUUACUGCAUUUGAUAUUUUAGUUAUUUUGUAUUUUGUUUCGUUUAAUGUUUUAAAAUGUGGUUUAUGUAACUUUGAAUCGAUCCGGAAUUUUAGGUCCUUUGUACGUACCCAUAUAAGCCAUUUCUGAUCUUUAACCACCAAAAUGGACCCUGGACUUAAGAAACUAUGUUAAAUGGGCAGUUAUAAUAGAUACUACGAUUAGGAUACGCCAAUUUGACAUAGUUGUAUAACGACCUAGCGGUCCAUGUUGACGGUGUGUAAAGUAAAAAUGGAAUUAUUCCAUUUAGUCCUUAACCCUUUACCAGGCUGACAGUUCAAAAAUGUCAAUCGAAUAUCUGUCUUACUGAUCGAAAAUAGAACGCAUGUUUGAAGUGCCCUAUGUGGGAGAUAUAUAUCCCAUAGCCUGGUAAAGGGUUAAAUUUUAAUAAGCCUGCAUACGUCACAAGUAUGUUUAGUUGUUAAUGUUAAGUUGAAUUAUACCAAUGAUUGCCAGUUCUAAACUAUAAUUAUAGUUCUGAUUUGAUUUAAAUCAAUAAAUAUUUUAUGAUAA